CCGUCUGCAUGCAGUUGAUCCAUAAAAUAAAGCGGAUAGAACUUGCGCAAACUCACCUCGUUUGAGAUUUUUAUGCUGUUCGAACCUAGUAUUUAACCAACCUACUUCUGUAUUAAUCACGGUCAGGAUUCAAGAAUGAAGUAAUUGUUGUAGAAGCCUAUCCUAAGCAACUGCAAUACUAGUUGUCAGAAGAAUAUUUUUUCAAGAUCUAUAGAGCUGUUCCAGUUAUCAAAACUCGUUCGCCGGUUCAGAAUGGAUAAAAUUAAAGAACCUCUUGUGACUUUUGGUGUCUUGACGGAUGUUCAGUAUGCUGAUUGUGAUGAUCGACCUGCAGCAUAUGAUCCCUCUAAAGUCCGUUUCUACAGAGGAUCUCUGAGUCAAGUUGAUCAAGCAUUUAAACAUUGGAAUAACUCUCAUUUGAAAGUAAAGUUCGUAUUGCAAUUAGGAGACAUUAUUGAUGGACUGAAUCAUUCCCUUGGAGGAUCGUAUACUGCUCUUCAAAAUACUCUGGAACAUUUUGAAAGGCAUAGUUCUAUUCCAACAUUCCAUACAGUUGGUAAUCAUGAACUCUACAAUUUCAACAGGAAUGAGCUUGCACAACUAUUUUAUGAAUCAGUCAUGAAAAUUAAUAUACCACCUGAAGUAUUUUGCCCUUACAAACCACAGAAAGAAAAUUUAGAAUUAGUUGCUCCUAUUUUAUAUUAUAAAUUUUGUCCUGUGAAGUCUUUAAAAUGUAUUUCUCUGGAUUGUUUUGAUAUAAGUGUUCUAGGUUACGAUACACAUCAUCCAAGUUAUAAAGAAGCUUCAGCAAUACUCACCACCAUGCAUGGGCAUAACGUUUUUGAUGACUGGGAUUGUAAUGGCACAUUGGAAGGCUUAGAUGUCCGUUUUCAACAAAUGAACGGCGCAGUUGGUGCAGAACAGAUGGAGUGGCUUGACAGAGAGUUGAAGGAAUCGGAUGAACUUGGACAAAAAGUCAUCGUGUUUGGUCAUGUAAGUUUAUGUCCUGACAGCACAGAUUGGAGCUGCUUGUUAUGGAACUAUGAUGAGGUUAUGAAUAUUUUCCAUCGGUAUAAAUGUGUGGUUGCAUAUUUCAGUGGGCAUAGUCAUGUGACUGGCUAUGCAAGAGAUAGUCAUGGCAUCAGUUAUAUUGUAUUCACUGGCAUUGUCGAGACUCCUCCUGAGACUUCAGCAUUUUCUACAGUCUCUGUUUAUGAAGACAGAGUAGAAGUAAAUGGCCAUGGAUUGGAAAAUAGUUAUAUACUUCCAUUCCAGAUGAGUAAUGAAGAAAGUGAUUCAGUAGUAGAUAACGAUUUAGAAACAACACCUACAACAGUUAGAGUUCAAGUUUGAGUUCAUUUUGCACGAGGUAAGAUUUUCGCGAUUUGGCUUCCUUUAUGUCCAUAGGCCUUGGAUGGUCCACAGCUGAAAUAGGUUUUCUUUUAAAGUUAUUAAAAUUCCGAUUCUAAACAUUGAAAACUGAAUAUGCUUUCAAAGCAUAAUUUGCAAAAUUUAUAGCUGUGGUUAUUUAAUUAGUAUUUCCUUCAACUAGUUAAAAAUAUUUACUUAUGUUGUUAAGUUUUAUGUUAAAUUUAACUUUGAAAUACAAUAAUACACUUUUCAUAGAAUGGGGUUACAAUAGUUCAAGUUAUAGAAAUAAAAGCAAAAUAUCUAAAUUUAUACUGUUGUUAUACCGGAUUUAAAAUACUUAAUAUGAACUUUAAAAAUUAUACUGUUGAUUUAAAGAAAAAAAAUGUGUAUUUGAUUUUUAUAAAAUCAGUGUCACUAAACAGUUUCAAACAAUAAGUAUUAAAAUUUGACAUAUAUAUAGUUUGAAAUUUAUUUAUUUUUAUACUAGCAUUUUAUAAAUAUGCUGUGUAUGGCAUGAUUUUGAAUAUUUACAGUUUUACAGUUUAUUUGUAAAUAACAUGUAUAGAUUACUCUUCAAAAAUGUUUUAAUACUACCUUUAUAUAAAUUUCUAACUAAAACAGAAAAGUAAAUAAAUGUAUUGUAGCCUAUCACUUAUUUCCUACUGUACCUUAUAAAUUAUAAACAUAUAACUGGAGACAGAGAAGAACACUAUUUAAUAAUUUACAUUUUAUUAUGAAAUUGAAAUUUCACCGUAAACUCUAAAUUUUAAACAGUUAUCUUAACAUGUCAAAUUAUUUAGUAACCCCAAACUAUGUUGCAUAAAUUUCAUGUAAUUUAUAUUUAUAUUCUUGAACAUAUUUUGCAAUUUCAUGUUGUAAUUGAAACUUUUUUGUUGAUGUAAGUAUGUCUUACAGCUAAUUGGAGUGGCAUAUGUUUCAAAAUAUAAUAACAGUAUGGAAGUAUAUUAAAAUUUGUAUAUAGAUAAUUUUCUUUUUAUUGUAGAUAUGUUUUUUUAAAAAUGCAUUAAUUUAUUUUGUUGAAAUAUUUUCAGACAAGUUAAGUCUUGAUAGAUUAAGCAUUUGAUAAAUUUUCUGUUUUGUAAAUUUAUCUUUUCAUCGUAUAUUUAAAGUAGAAAAAUUACAUGUUGUAAUUACUUAAUCAUAAUCAUGGAAUAAAAUUAAAAAAACACUAA